GCAUUUAGGCACAAACACAGGCAGCCUUUGCAUUCUUUUUUUCUCAUCCAGAAAACCUCUCUCUCUCUCUCUCUCUCUCUCUAUCCGUAUAACCUUAUAAACAAGCUACUACCAUAUAUCCUUCUUUUCUUUCUUCUCUAUAAUAUAGAUAUACACCUAUAUAAGUAUAUAUGUGUAACCCAAAGCCUUCUUCUCCUUCUUCAUUUAUCUCCUCUUAUAAAACCCAUUUCACAAAUCCGGAUAUAACCAUGGAUCAUCUCUCUGAUACUGAUCAAGAAGAGCUUCAUAGAUGGCCAACUUUUUCUGAGGCAGUGGAAGAAACCAAAGCCAUUUGGAAGAUCUCAGGACCAACGGCCAUGGCGGGUCUACUUAUAUAUUCAAGAGCUCUGAUCUCCAUGCUGUUCCUCGGCUACCUUGGCGAGCUUGAACUCGCCGGUGGCUCUCUCUCCAUCGGUUUCGCCAACAUCACUGGCUACUCUGUCAUCUCCGGCUUGGCCAUGGGAAUGGAACCUAUUUGCGGCCAAGCUUACGGUGCCAAACAAUGGAAGCUUCUCGGUAUAACUCUACAAAGAACAGUUCUCCUCCUCAUCUCCUCUUCUCUUCCCAUCUCUAUCAUGUGGAUAAACAUGAAAAGAAUUCUGUUAUGGUGCGGACAAGACCAGGAAAUAUCUUCAGUAGCACACACUUACAUUCUCUUCACCAUCCCUGACCUCUUCUUCCUUUCUCUUCUCCACCCACUUCGAAUCUACCUCAGGACUCAAAAUAUCACAUUACCAGUCACUUACUGUACAGCCAUCUCUGUUUUUCUUCACGUGCCAUUAAAUUUCCUUCUUGUGGUCCAUCUCAAGAUGGGUAUUGCAGGGGUAGCCAUGGCCAUGGUUUGGACUAAUCUCAACCUUGUUAUCUUGCUGUCUUCCUUCGUUUACUUCUCCGGCGUGUAUAAACCUUCGUGGGUUUGUCCAAGUAUGGAUUGUCUGCGUGGAUGGUCCUCUUUGCUCGCUCUCGCCGUGCCGACUUGCGUCUCUGUUUGCCUGGAAUGGUGGUGGUACGAGCUUAUGAUAAUGAUGUGUGGACUUUUGGUUAACCCCAAAGCCACCGUUGCUUCAAUGGGAAUCCUUAUUCAGACAACUGCUCUGGUCUAUGUUUUCCCGUCUUCACUCAGCCUCGGCGUAUCCACCAGAGUUGGGAACGAGCUGGGGGCGAAUAGACCUGCAAAAGCUCGAAUUUCCAUGAUUAUCUCGCUUAUUUGCGCAGUGGGUUUGGGUUUAAUUGCCUUGUCUUUCACCACCUUGAUGAGGCACCAAUGGGGGAGAUUCUUCACCGACGACGCCGAAAUUUUGGAGCUCACGGCCAUUGCAUUGCCGAUUAUUGGGCUUUGUGAGCUCGGAAACUGCCCGCAAACCACCGGCUGCGGCGUGCUCAGAGGAAGCGCGAGACCGACGACAGGAGCCAACAUCAAUCUUGGGUCGUUUUACUUUGUGGGAAUGCCCGUUUCGAUCUUGCUCGGAUUCAUAGCCAAAAUGGGCUUCGCCGGACUCUGGCUUGGCCUGCUCGCAGCUCAGGCGUGCUGUGCUUUUCUCAUGCUGUGUGUUCUGUGCAGAACAGAUUGGAUUGAUCAAGUUGAGAGAGCAAGAAAACUGACGAAGACCUCUGCUUCUUCUUCAAAUCAAAUACUACCAAUAUCAGAAAAAGCAGGAGAUGGGUCUGAUAGUAUGAUUAUUGUCAACGCCAUGGAAGGCAAAGAAAAGACUAAUGAUCAUCAUUAUGUUGUUGAAGAUGGUGAGGUAGAUUUGAAGUCAACAUCGCCUGAGACAGAACCUCUGAUCGUACCUUUUUCUUCUUCUUCUUCUACUACACACACGAUUUGCAUUGAUUAGAGCCUCGGUGAUGGAUGAUCCAGAUUCUCCAUUUUUGCUACCUUCUGUUCAUUGAUAAAGUAUCAACAUAAUGUAAAAGUGAAAAAGUUUAUUUAUUAGAGUUUCUCUCAACUCCACUUGUACUUUCUUA